UGGAAAGUCCUCCUGCUAUGUAAAAAGCAAGCUAACCAGGGAAAACACGUAACUAAAUACAACGACAGCAAAGUUGUUUCCAAGUGUGUUUUUAAAUAACUUGAGUAGCUCCAAAGUGAACUCGUUGGAUACGUUUCAUUAUGGAGGUCUCUCCAAAGUUGCGCUCUUUCUACAACUUCUUUUGGUGCGUUUUCGUGGCAUAGCUGGAAAAAGCUAACAUUGUCUAGUAAUAUCAGUUAGCUUAGCAUUGGACUCCCCAACAACAAAAAGAUCCUGCCUCAUCUGAGCCCUGUUGGACGGCAGACGGUGGUAACUUAACUCGCUGGUUUCGUUGACAGCAGCACCCUUAAAAUGUCUAUCCUAGGAUUAAAGAAGAAGCAGCCAAAGACUUUCAAAGUCAAAGUUAUCACCAUGGAUGCUGAGAUGGAGUUCAGCUGUGAGGUGAAGUGGAAAGGUAAAGACCUGUUUGACCUGGUGUGUCGCACUGUUGGUUUGCGGGAGACCUGGUUCUUUGGACUCAGGUACACAGUAAAGGACACCUACGCCUGGCUGAAACAAGAGAAACGGGUCUUGGAUCAGGAGGUUCCCAAAGACUCUCCCAUAACAUUUCAUUUCCUGGCUAAAUUCUUCCCAGAAAAAGUAGAAGAAGAGCUGGUCCAAGAGAUAACUCAGCACCUCUUCUUCUUACAGGUGAAAAAACAGAUAUUAGAUGAGGAGAUAUUCUGUUCCCCUGAAGCAUCUGUUCUCUUGGCGUCAUAUGCCGUCCAGGCCAAGUAUGGGGACUAUGACCCAAACUUUCAUAAGCCGGGCUUCCUGGCACAAGAUGAGCUUUUGCCAAAAAGAGUUUUGAUGCAAUACCAAAUGACGGCUGACAUGUGGGAAGAAAAGAUCACAGCUUGGUAUGCAGAGCACAGAGGCAUCGCCAGAGAUGAAGCUGAGAUGGAAUAUUUAAAAAUUGCUCAGGACCUUGAGAUGUACGGUGUCAGCUACUUUGCCAUAACUCAAAAUAAGAGGGAUACAGACCUGUUACUUGGAGUGGAUGCUCAAGGUCUUCACAUCUACAACCCCAACAGCAAACUCAACCCUAACAAAUCCUUCCCUUGGAGCGGCAUUCGCAACAUCUCUUACAGCGAAAAAGAGUUUACAAUCAAACCCCUGGAUAAGAAGAAAGAUGUUUUCAAGUUCUACUCAUCUCAACUGCGUGUCAACAAGCUGAUCCUGCAGUUGUGCAUCGGUAACCACGAUCUAUUCAUGAGGAGGAGGAAGGUGGAUUCCAUUGAAGUGCAACAGAUGAAGGCUCAAGCUAAAGAGGAGAAGGCCCGCAAGAAGAUGGAGCGUCAAAUCCUGGCAAGGGAAAAACAGAUGAGAGAGGAAGCAGAACGGGCAAAAGAAGAGAUGGAACGAAGACUCUUCCAGCUGCAGGAUGAGGCACGACUGGCCAACGAGGCACUGUUGCGAUCUGAGGAGACAGCAGACCUGCUGGCAGAGAAGGCUCAGAUUGCUGAAGAAGAGGCCAAGCUGUUGGCCCACAAGGCUGCAGAAGCUGAGCAGGACAGGCAGAGGUUAGAGGUCACCGCCAUGAAGACCAAGGAGGAGAAAAGGCUGAUGGAGCAGAAGAUGAGGGAGGCAGAGCAGCUGGCUGUGAAACUGGUGGAGCAGUCUGAGAGAAGGUUGAAGGAGGCAGAUCACCUGAAACAGGACCUGACGGAGGCUAAGGACGCUGAGCGGAGAGCCAAACAGAAGCUGCUGGAGAUCACAAAAACAACAUACCCUCUCAUAGCAGCCUACACUGCUCCACCUGCUCCCCCUGCACCUCCUGAAGCAGCCGACUUUUCUUAUGAAUCAGCGUCUGCGCGCCUCGACUUCAAGGACUCGGACAUGAAAAGGCUGUCUAUGGAGAUCGAGAGAGAGAGGCUGGAGUACAUGGAGAAGAGUAAACACCUGCAGGACCAGCUGAAGGAACUAAAGACUGAGAUCGAGUCUCUGAAGCUGGAGGAGCAGCAGCAACAGGCCGGCGUCUACACCCUCCGCAACGAGGCGAGAGGAUACGUCCAGGAGCCUGUCUACAUACCUCACAGCAAUCGAAACUCUGCGUACAUGUCUCAGAUGGCCUACUUCGAAGAAGUGUGAUCCUCGUCCUGCAAUAUGAGGAAGGAGGGCUACGGCUGACUCAGUGCUUUCUCAACAUGUUUGGUUAUUGUUUUUACCUGGCUGAAACUAACAGACAGACACAUACAUCACGACUGUGUGCUAUGGAAAGACUUUAAAUGUAUCCUAAACAACAAACAGCCACUAGUUGGGCUUCCUGCACAGGUUGUCAUGCUAGGUUGUACCACCUGCGACACUACAGCACCUUCCACAUUUAUUUUUACAUAUAUAAUGAACACACUAAUGUGUGUAUCUAACACUGAUUCAGGACAUGGUGCUGAAGAUGGAUGUAUUAUUGAGUUGCUGAUGUUUUCUUGUGUUUUUAAGGGAUAUCUAGCUGUAAGAUGUCAGAUAGAAUAUCAUAACUCAAUGACAGUUAGACAUUUAUGCCUUUACAACAUUUUGAAACUGGGAUUGAGGUGAACGUUUGAUGUAACCGGCUUCAGGCAAAAUUCCUCCAUUGAAUGUAAUUUGGUAAAUUAUCUUUUCAGGCUGGAUUAUAUUUUGAAAAGUUAUGAGUAUCAUCAAGAUCUUGUUAAUAUGGUCAUCCUCUUUCAAACCAGCAAAGUGUUUCUCAAACUUCACUUUUGAAAAUAGUAAAUAAAAAUGCCCAAAUUUCUGAA